CUUGAACUGCCUAUUGACAUGGUCAAUGAUUUCGUUUUUGAGUACAUGCAUCUUGUAUGCUUAGGCGUCACUAAAAAAUUAUUAAAAUUGUGGACAGACGGCCCAAGGGCACCAUACAGGUUACGACAUGCAGAAACUGAACAAAUCUCGAGCAGAUUGGAAAGUAUUAAAUUAACAAAGGAGUUUGCUCGUAAGCCAAGAACAUUGAAGGAACGCGAUAGGUAUAAAGCGUCGGAAUUGAGAACGUUUCUUCUGUACACAGGCCCUGUAGUUUUGAGGGACAUUUUACCAGCAAAAUUCUACCACAAUUUUCUAGUAUUGUCUGUAGCAAUUAGAAUUCUUUUAAAACCACACCAAACAGAAUCAAAUAUUGAUUAUGCUGGCAACCUCUUGACCUUUUUUGUGGAAAACUUUAAGGAGCUGUACGGACGAGAAAACGUGUCUUACAAUGUCCACGGAUUAAUUCAUUUGGCGGCAGAUGUCAAACAUCACGGAUCAUUAGAUGAAUUUAGCGCUUUUCGUUUUGAGAAUUACCUGGGGAAAAUUAAAAGAUUAAUUAAAAGUGCAAAAUUUCCUCUCCAACAAAUUCAUAGGAGGCUGACUGAACAAAGUUGUACCCUCGAGCUCUCUGAUAAUUCAAAAAACAUUACUUCUAACACAUCCCAACAGUCGAAAGAAAUUACAUUUAAAAAUACCAAAAUUUCUGUAAAGUUCCCAAAUAAUAUUGUACUUCUUAAAAGUGAACAAAUCUUACUUAUUAGCAAAAUUGUGACUGAAGUGGAUAAAGUUUUUCUCGCCGGAAAUAUCGUUUCCGCUCCAAAAAAUUAUUUUCAAUAUCCUUGCGACUCUAAAUACGUUUUAGUUUUCAGAGUGAACUUAAAGAAGGUUGACACUACCGAACUUUUAAUCCCUAUGUCCGAGGUGUCUCAUAAAUGUGUUUGUGUUCCCCUCAGUAAAAGUGAGAAAUUUGUGCUGUUCCCACUAAUUCAUUCGGAGGACUGAAAAUGGAUCAAUCAAAUUCAACCCAUGCCAUUGUCCACUUCCCAUCUGACAACACAGUAGAAAUUGUUCCAAUAAAUUGGAUUAACGACCAGGCAACGCAUUGCCAAUUUCCACCAUCAGGAGAGAAAGGGGUUAAGAAAAUAAAAAAGAAAGGCGGUGUGCCAUUACCCCAUUGGGCCACAUAUGAAAUCACGAUACUAAAAUACUUUGCAUCCUACAAUGCAGCUGCUGAACAACUUCCAAAGGCAAUAACCGGCAACAAGUUAAGCGAUUCUGAAAUACAGACCGGAACUAGAAGUAAAAUGUCGUCGACUACCUUUUCUUCAACCCUACCCGUACCCCCACAAGUAACGACUCAUCGUACUGAAAUAGUUUCUUCUUUGGAAUCAGGAAAUGAAAAUGGGGAGACGACUUUCGUUCUUCCACCUGAAUUUGGUGGCAGCUUAAUAUUGGUAUCGCCAGAGGGACAGGAAUACGCACAAAACAUCGCAAACACAGAGACAAAUAAUUCCAAUUCGCCUAAUUUCAUCAAUAAUGAAAUCAUGAAGGAAAUUUUGGUACAAGUUCAUCAAAUAAAAGUAACUCAAAAUGAGCACGGACGAAGGCUGACUAAUAUCCAGAAUUUGUUGAGCAACCGAGACCGCAACCCCCCAGUGAAUCCAUCCUAUUCUUUUCCAAGGCAAUUUUUCCCCCUAAAAAGCAAGGAAAGCUUGAAAGCUUUGGAGGAAAUCUUGAAGGAUCCUGCUCCCAAGAUAGCAUUGAAAAAAUUACUUUCUGAAUGUGGAGGAAACACUUUGGAAGAUUGCUUGGAGCUUAUGGCAAAAUAUUUGUGUUCGGAUGAAAUGCUAUCACAACAUAGUUAUCAUGGACGCAGUGGGAAGACUCCAUUUUUAAAUCAAUAUCCCGAACUCAAUCAGGUUGUAUUUGAAGGCCUUUCACAAAAUGAUAACGCCGUUCCAGUUACCAGGAAGUCUGUCGAUGAAGCCUUCCAGAAAAUUUUGAAGCGGGGAGCUGAUCGAUUCGGAAAGAAAGUGAAACCUCCCUCCAAGCCGACAUCGAACCCCGGAAAUAUUUCAAUCGUUGGGACAGAAGAAACUCAAUAAAAAUAACAAUUAUAUCUUUCUGAUA